AUGGAGCAAAAAUCUUUAAACUCCCAAGUUUUACCUCAAGUCGAAAUUGACAUCUCAUCUAGAGGUAUUACACUUUCGAGCACUCGUUUCACUACUUCACGCUUUGUCCCAUAUGAUCAAACAGGAAAGUGUUGCAAGUGUAAGGGUACAGAAGUUGAGAUUGAUUUUGCAAUAACAAAAGACGGAGUGACUCUCUGGUGUACCAGACUUACUGAAAAACGUUUUGUUCCAUUUGAUUGGACUUAUGAGCUGCCAGGACACUGUUUCUUUAAGAUUCGAAAUAGAGGAAGAGUGCUUAAUGUACCCUAUGGAUCAUCAACCAAGCCUGAUAAUCAAAGGUGUGGUAAAAGGAAGUUCGAGGAAUUGAUAACUUGUAAUCCUCCUAAUCAUAAUUUGUCUUCUAAUCUUUCUACUCCCACCGCUCCUCUUGUGCGUACUCCUCCACCUGUUACAUCUGAAACCCCGAGACCUCUUACGCCUCCUGAUCAAAUACCUUUUGACAAAGAGCUCCAACAAUUCUACGAUAGUUUAAUGUUUGCUACUGUAGGUCUUCCUAGUUCAAACGAUAAUGUUGAGAAACCAAUCGAAGAAAAGACAGAAAAGAAAGAAAUUAAGGAGGAAGUGAUUGAAUAA